AUGGAUGAGUGUCAUGGAUAUACAGCACAUGCCCCAAGGUGGGCCCUAACAAGUACUAAUAUAAUAUUAUUUUAUAGAUAAAAUAUGUCGGGAGGAAGAGGAGGUAGGCAACCUGAUAUAGGGUGGACGUACGGUCGGCCCAUUCCCGAUAAUCGAUUCGGGAGUAUAUGUAAUUUGUGUGGUCAUGUAUCGAGGAGUGGUGGGGUAACCCGCUUAAAGGAGCAUUUAGCGGGAGGGUAUCGCAAUGUUGUGGAUUGCCCGAAGUGCCCACAGGAUGUGCGAGAACAGAUGAGGACCAUAUUGAAAAAAAAUGUGAAGACAAAAGAUGAACGACAUGCACGGGAGAGGGAGAUUAGGGAGGAGUUGGGGCGGCCACCAUAUGCAGGUGAGGAUGAUGUAGUGGAUCUCGAUAAUGAUGAUGAUCCCGAAUACAGACGUGCAAUUCAAGAGUCCAUACGGGAUCAGUGGGAGAGGGAUCAGGAUAGGAGAUGGGACACAAGUAGGCCUAGAUUUGAGGGGUCUAUCCAUGAGCGUGGUGGGGGGAGUGGAGCAGGAGGGAGUGGAGCAAGGGAGAGUGUUAAGGGUGGAUCAGGGGAGGGUAGUAGGCGGGGAGGAAUAUGGGGCAUGGGCAGGAGUAGCAGCAUGCGGGUACCGGAUCUACCUUCAGAUCCGAGGAUGUACAAAGAGGCAGGAGGGACACAAAAAAAAAUAAAAGAGAUGUUUAGUGGAGGGGAUGUGAGGAAAAAAGUUGGAAAAUUUAUAGCAAAAUUUUUUAUAUAUGAUCAAAUCCCCGCAAAUGCCGCAGCAAGCCCGCACUUUAAAAAUAUGAUAAGUGAAGUGCAGCGUGGGGGUGAGGGUGUGCAGCCUCCCACACCCGCCCAGAUCAUGGGAAAAUACUUGGAUGAUGAACAUGCAGAAAUGAAGACAUACGUUGAUUCGUAUCGGCAGUCAUGGGAGAUGUACGGCUGCACCGUCAUGUGUGACGGUUGGACCGGACCGACGAAGAUGUCGAUUAUAAAUUUUAUGGUCUAUUCCAGGGGAUGGGUGGUGUUCCUAAAGAGUAUAGAUGCGAGUAGUAAGAUCAAGGAUUCUAACUACAUUUACAAACUAAUGCACAACAUCAUGCAAGAUGUUGGGAGGAAAAAUAUUGUGCAGUUUGUUACGGAUAAUGGGAGUGCAUUUGUUAAGGCGGGGAAGGAUAUUCAGAGCAAGUAUCAUAUGUAUUAGACCCCUUGCGAAGCCCAUUGCAUCGAUCUCAUGCUGGAGGGGAUCGGAGAUAGGCAGUCGGUGAAGACUGUAAUUACUGAUGCACGGCUCAUCACAAACUUUGUAUACAACCACGGCUGGUUAUUAGCUGAAAUGCGCAAGAGGUGUGGUGGGGAUAUAAUGCGCCCCGGAGCGACGCGGUUUGCCACAAAUUAUAUCGCCUUAAGUAGCCUUCUCAAACACAAACAGGGGUUACGAGAGCUUUUCGCCUCUCAUGAUUACAUAGAAUGGAAAAAGAGGUUGACAAAAGUAACCUAUAAAAUUGAGGAGCUGGUGCUGGGAAAUUCAUUUUGGGAUAAAGUGCAUGGUGUUGUGGGUAUUCUAGAGCCCAUUUCUGUGGUGUUGAGGAUGGUGGACAAUGAGACAAAUCCGUCGAUGGGGUCGUUGUAUCCGUCUAUACAGCUGAUGAAAGAGGCCAUCAUGGUUAAAGCUCCCAAUGCAUAUAAGUGGGUGCAUGCAAUAAUAGACGACCAUUGGGAAAGAACGCUUUCUCACCCACUACAUCAGGCUAGUAAGUACCUAUAUAGAUUUUUUUUUCCAUAUGCAAUAAUAAACGAGGGUUGUAUUGAUGUGUAUAUGUUGGUUUUCAACGUAUUUCCUGAAUCCCAAAUACCACUACAGCCGGAACCUCUUCGAAGAUAAUUCAUUAAAGAGGGCUGUGCAUGAGGUGUACGAUCACUUAUUCCCCGACUGUCCAGGGAAAGGCACAUUUGGUAGUGAGAUUGUUAAAUUCCGCGAUGCAGUUGGGAUGUUUGGGUGUCACCCUGCGGUGAAGUCAAGGAACGCCAUGAUGCCAUGUGAGUCACUGUAGUAAACUUAACUUUUAUAUUAUUUUGGAAAUUUUAGGAUAAUGAAAGAAUCUUAUGAUAUACAGGCGAAUGGUGGUCCAUGUAUGGGACUGACUGUGAGGUUUUACAACGACUGGCCGUCCGUGUGCUUGCAC